AGGCCAGCAGGAGGAUUCACGAGGUCGAGCACUCCCUGAAUUUGCAGCCCCCACCUGUGGGAUCAUCGCCCCCCAUCCCGCAGGAUUUCCCAUUCCUAGCACAUGGCAGGCUGCGAAGAAGAGGAAGACCCUCUCCUUGUCCUUCCUCCCCCAGAGCAGGAGCUGAGGAUGGAGAGCAGGGAGGACAAAUCCCCACGGCAGAACCUUGUGGAAGAGGCCGUUUUGAGCGGCUCCACGGUGCAGGAACCCAACGGGGAGGAAAAGCCCUGGAGAUGCUGCACGAGGAGGGGCUGCAAACGCAAAUCGUGGGGAUCUGGGGAGGAAAGACCCAGCCUGGGCCGGGGAGGCAGCCGGAGAUGGAGCCAGAGCUCGGAGCUGGUGGUCCAUGAGCAGCUCCAGGAUGGGGAGAAGCCCCACAAGUGCUCAGAGUGUGGGAAGAGCUUCAGGUGGAGCUCCCAGCUGAGCAGGCACCAGAGGACCCACACUGGGGAGAGGCCCUACGAGUGUGGGGAGUGUGGGAAGAGCUUCAGCCAGAGCUCCAACCUGCUUGUGCACCAGAGGACCCACACUGGGGAACGGCCCUACGAGUGUUCUGAGUGUGGGAAGGGGUUUAAGACCAGCUCCGAUCUCCUCCUGCACUACCGGAGUCACACAGAGGAGAAGCCCUUCUGCUGCCCCGACUGUGGGAAGGGAUUCAAGUACAACCCAAACCUCAUGAGGCACCAGAGGACCCACACUGGGGAGAGGCCCUACGAGUGUGGGCAGUGUGGGAAGAGCUUCUGCCUGAGAUCCAACCUGGUCAGCCACCUGAAGAUCCACACUGGGGAGAGGCCCUACGAGUGUUCCAAGUGUGGGAAGAGGUUUCAGACCAGCUCCAAUCUCCUCAAACACUAUCGGGUUCACACGGAGGAGAGGCCCUUCUGCUGCCCCGACUGUGGGAAGGGAUUCAGGAGGAACUCCCACCUCAUCAGCCACCAGUGCAUCCACACUGGGGAGAGGCCCUACGAGUGUCCCCAGUGUGGGAAGAGCUUCUCACAGAGCUCUGCCUUGACCCAACACCAACGGAGGCACCGAGUGCCAGCACCUCAUCAGGUGGUGUUUAUCCAUGGACCCCACAGACAGGCCAUCACUGGAAGACCUUUUUGAGCAUUCUUGGCUGCAGGAGCCCUGCCUGGCCCAGGAGACAGCAGAGAUCCAUCCCUGUGCUCAGUAGGAUCCAGGAGCCCAGCAAGUACCAGCUGCACGCGUCUGGUGGGACUCCAAGAAAACCCCAGAGCGUUUCCCUGCGGCCGCGGCACGGAGGAGAGAGCGCAGCCGAGGAGAUGCUUCCGCUGGUCCCCGGCGAGUUGUGGAGGGAGCGGCUCAGUGCUCCUCGUGCCACUGGAGAAGUGGUGGCAGUGCGGUGAAGGUGCCACGGACUGGAACAGGGGAAACAUCCCCCUGCAGCUCAAUGGCAUCAGGAUGUCCCCGCAAGCCGAGGCACAGCUGGCGUGUUCUUCUGGUGCACCACGUGGAGCUGGGAACACCAUCCUGGAGCUGGCCGCUGGCGGGGCAAAGCCGAGCGGCUUUGGCUGCGGCCCCUUCCUGGAGGACACGCUCUGCGCCCCGAUGAAAUCAAGAUGAGUCCCCAGCCGGCGCAGGGGCGGGGGGAUGCUCGUGCUUCCAGGCAUGGCAGGGCUCGGCCUGGCCACGCGCCGCAGGUUCCCCGCUCGGCGGCGCUGGGGAAUAUUAAUUUUUUCCCAUGGCUGCCGAGCUGCUUUUUGGUGGGACAGGGGACGGAUGUUGUGGAAGGGGAGCCAGCUCCUGGCCUUGCUGACAGCUUCUGCCAGCCAGCCUGGCACGGGCUGGGGCGGGGACAGCCAGCCUGACAAAACAUCCAUCCAUGUGGAUGGGGGCAGCAGAGGGGGACGGGUUCCGAAGCCGUGCCCCAGCUGGUCUGCUUUGCAGGCCCUCGAGGAAGGGGUGCGUUUACGGGUGGGAAAGGUGGGGUUUUUCCCCACCCAUGGACAGGUUUCAUUCUCGCAUGGAGUGCUCAGACCCUCCUCAGGCCCGUGAAACAGUGACAGGCUGUGUAGGUUUUUCUUGUUUCCAGGUCUUGUUUUGAAUUGACUUUUAUGCAAUUGUUCUUUAUUUUCCAGGA